GAUCCGACAUCAUGGGGUUACUUAUCGUCUGCUGAAACAGACUUGUCGCUCGUAGCAACGGUACCUCCCUCUCUGCCGAAUUUAGAAAGUUCAAAGCUGUAAUGGAACUUGAUUGGCAGGCGUGUAAUAUUUUGGUAUUUGAUAAGUUGACUCGUUGGCCUCAGACUCCCAGAACAGGGGAACAUCGGGGAAGGAAAGAUGACAGGCAUGAUCGAGACCAAUUAUCAGUAUCCCCAGAUGGUAAUGAACUGGGGUGUGUACCUUACUAUGCCCGACGGGCAGGGUGGGGUACCACAGGCUGGACAAAGCCUUUAUAGUGAUCCAUGGUCAAGCCCAGUUUCGACAGUAAACAGCGUUAACACCGUAACUUCGCUGUUAAAAACUGGACAAAAUUAUUUCGGAACCGACGCCUGGUCAUCAAUGCAACUGAAUGGAAUAAAUCCGGCACCAUUCCACACACACCAGCUUUCACCUUAUGGGUCUAUAAACGAUCUAGUGGACCAUUUCAGUGACCUGACAUUAGACCGCAAACCAAACAAAAGACCACCAUCUACAUAUUUGUGUCAUCUCUGCUUUACAAAGGGACACUACAUCAAAGACUGUCCUCAGGCUAGGCCUAAGGGCGAAGGAUUGACUCCAUAUCAGGGUAAAAAGAGAUGCUUCGGAGAGUACAAAUGUACUAAGUGCAAGAGGAAAUGGAUGAGUGGUAAUUCGUGGGCAAACAUGGGCCAAGAAUGUAUAAAGUGUCAUAUUCUGGUGUAUCCCCAUAAACAGAGACCCCUAGAGAAGCCUGACGGGUUAGACGUUAGCGACCAGAGUAAGGUGCAUCCUCAACAUCUCUGUGAGAAAUGCAAGAUGUUAGGAUUCUAUUGUAGAAGAAAUUAACGCUAUAAAAAAUAGAAACAAAGAAGAUAUUAUAGUUCUUGAGGAAAUUGGAUUAAAUCAACAUGUUCAAUAUAAAAAUGUGUAUGGAAUAUAUGACUUCAGGUAUAUUUUCAUUUUGUUAGUCCACAGUGAACACAUUGAAGAUGAAUUUCAUGUAUUUAUAUGAUGUUAUAUGAUAGUAUGGUAUGUCAGCAUAUAUGUCAGGAUCCUGUAGUUCCUUUUGUUUGUCAACCUUCAUGAAGCUAAUAUAAAGAUGAGAAAGUUAGAUUAUAAAAAUAAUAUCUAAUAACUUACAAAUGUUACAAACUCAAGUUAGAAUAAAAAAUUGGAGACAGGUUUACCCACCUUUCUUUGAAGAUCUAUUUACAUCUAAAAAGGUGUUGGAAAUAUAUGAGAAGACUAGUACAUAUAAGUAUAUUUUUCUUUAUAGUUUAUAAAAGAAAAAAAUGUAUUAUACAUGUGUUUCAUUGAAGGAAGUGACAAAAUAGAUGUUUUUUCAAAUAUAAGUGUGUCAAGUACUAUCAGUUCAUAAGUUUAUGUUGAGAGCUUAAACCUUGAUUAUAUAUGCAGUCUGAAAUGACAUAAGUGUGUGUUAUACAUACAUACAUACACAGUGCAGUUGUCCUGCCUG